GAAAUUCCAAGUAGCCAAAAUGAGCGAGCUUCCAGUUCCCUCUAAGAAUACCUCCGAAAGGGCUGUAACUCUGGGCGGUUCCUUUUUCGAUGUGCUAUGGCCGUUGAUCCUGGACGAGAAUCCGUGUCGCAUUGAGAGCAAGGCGGAUGAGAAUUUUGUGCCCAGCGAACCCUUCGACCGACUGGAGUGGCAUACCUACCUGGCCCAGGUGGGCUAUCCCUUCUACAUGCCGCCGCACGAGCUGCGCUGUUGCCAAGGAUCCCGGCGCCAGGAGAUGGAGGAGGAGGAGGCGGCCAAGGCAUUGAACAAGGAGGUGGAGGAGCGAAAGGGACCGGCAGAGAGUGACUUCCUGUGCCGCGGAUCCCGGGCCAUACGGCCCAUCGACCAGGAGGUGGAGCACCUGAGAACGGAGCAUGAGCGCCGUCAGAAGCUGGCCUACGACUUUGCCAAUCGUCGAUAUCCCUGGACCAUGCAGACGCCCAGCCACGAACUGGGCUUCACCCUCACCGAAGAGCUGCAGAAGUGCUUCAAGGGGCCCAUGGAACGGGACAUACUGAAGGCCAUUCAUGAUCACGACUGCAAGCUAAUGAUUCUCGAUCUGGGCACCGAAGUCGGCAUCGAGGACUGUCAGCGGUGGAUUAAGUUCCGUCCCUACGUCCAGCUGCUAGCCCUGGUUCGCACCUCUCGAAUGGAUCGGUCGCUGCAGCUGCUCAAUGUCUUUCACACGCUCCUCGUGGAGGAGUCGGCCGAGAACUCGUGGGAUGACGAGCUGCAGUGCUCUGUUCGCAACGGCUUUUUGCAUGCCAAGAAAAUUCAGCUGCUCAAGUCCUGCGGCGAGCCACUUGUCUUCGUCUUUAGUCGCUUCCGGGGCAUCUGCACCUGUGACAACUUUAAGGUAAUCCGCAGGACCUAGAAGG